ACGACGCAUGGUUAAAGUUGCGUGCGUUGAAAGCAUAUAUGCGGACCGGACGAUCUGCCGUUGCGUUGGCUCAAAGGAACCGUGAUCUGACCCGCAUAAAAAUUCUGUGAAGACGAUUGGAGCUAAGAGGAACCAUCCAGUCGACGGUUGAGAUCGGCGGAUUCCGUGCUCCUCAGGCACGUUGGGGUGGGUGGCGUCAAUGACUCCUCAGCUACCGACGCCAUUUUUUUUAUAAAUCCAAUCCUGACCUUCGUUCGAGCAAGGAUCCUGCGAAGAGCUUUUCUCUGGGUUGCGGAUUUUACCACAAAAAGGUGCCUAACAGCAAUGGCAAACACAUCGGCUGCAAAGAAGCUCAUGCAAAUUGAUGUUAGCUCAGACACCGUGUGCCCAUGGUGUUUUGUCGGUAAGAGCAACCUUGAAAAAGCUAUGGAUCUAGCAAAGGACCAAUUUGAUUUUGAGGUACGAUGGCAUCCAUUUUUCCUUGACCCUUCUGCACCUAAAGAAGGUAUAAAAAAGUCUGAUCAUCUAAAGCAGAAGUUUGGAGUUGACCAAUAUGAACAUAUUGUAUCAAGGAUUACAGAGGUAUUUCGGGGACUUGGCCUUGAAUAUGACACUUCCGGGCUAAUGGGAAAUACACUGGAUAGUCACAGGCUCAUAACAUUUGCUGCACAUCAGGGCUAUGAUAAGCAAAAUGCUCUAGUUGGAGAAUUAUUCAACAAUUAUUUUUGUCGGGGAAAGUAUAUUGGAGACCGGGAAGUUCUUUUGGAUGCUGCUAGAAAGGUUGGCAUAGAGGGGGCAGCAGAAUUGCUUGAAGACCCUAGGAAGGGGCUUGAGGAGGUUUAUGAAGAACUAGAGAAAUACUCUUCAUGCAUUAGAGGAGUCCCACAUUUUGUGAUUAAUGGAAAAUACAAGCUUAGUGGAGGCCAACCUCCUGAAGUAUUCCUGAGAAUGUUCCAAGCAGUUGCAAAUGAAAUGUGAGAUCAUAAACUGCUGUUAAUUGUACGGGACAUGGUUGCCAUGGGAAUAAUUUUGAGGACCCCUCAAUGUCUGCUCUAUAAUUUGUACAUGCUGCAAUAUUUAUUUAAUAAACUCUGUACCCCUUAGGUUACUUCCAAGAAUAAUAUACAUGCAACCUAGGUUUAUUCCAAGAUUUAUAAUGCAUGAAGACAUGGAGUAAUAUAAGUUAAAUCAUGUAUAUGUUUUACUGAGAAAAAAAUUUUGUGCCUAUCUUUCAUCUUGGAUGGU